UGUUGUUCAUGCUAAUCAGCCGGAAGUAGCUUCACUGAGAAGCGAAAAAGAAAUCUUUAAAAACUUGUCUGUUUCUUAGUAUUGAAGUGAGUCUUUGUAAAGACCCUUUGCCAUGUGCAGCGGGAACUUCCGCGGCAGAAGAAGCUUCGGUAUGCCAGAUGAGACUUCUGGUCAUGGUGGAGAACGAUACUUGCUGUUCUGAAUGAACAAAACAGUGAGGAUUAUGAGCAGCAGUGGAUUAACCGGUGACCAGCAGCAGGGGACAGGAUCUGCAGAGGCACAGCAUCGUUUGCAGGGACCAUAUGUGUCUUAUAUCACCCACAGGACCACCAACCUUUUGAUCAGAGGGGGGAUGCUGUUUUUUGUGGGUGUCUUCCUGGCUCUUGUGCUAAACUUACUUCAGGUGCAGAGAAAUGUAACACUGUUCCCCCCAGAUGUCAUCAGUAGUGUCUUCUCCUCGGGCUGGUGGGUGCCACCCAGCUGUGGGUUUGCUUCAGCCAUGAUUGGGGUGUUGUACCCCUGCAUCGACCGAAGGCUUGGUGAACCUCACAAGUUCAAGCGGGAGUGGUCCAGUGUGAUGCGAUGUGUGGCUGUGUUUGUUGGUAUCAACCAUGCCAGCGCUAAAGUAAACUUCGCUAACAACUUCCAGCUGUCUCUGACCCUGGCGGCACUCUCUAUUGGUUUGUGGUGGACCUUCGACCGCUCCCGUAGUGGCUUUGGUUUGGGAGUUAGCUUUGCCUUACUUGCCACAGUGGCCACCCAGAUACUGGUUUACAACGGAGUGUUUCAGUAUACUAAUCCAGAUUUCAUCUACAUUCGCUCCUGGCUUCCCUGCAUCUUCUUUGCUGGGGUGAUCACCAUGGGAAACAUUGGACGACAGCUUGCUCUGUAUGAAUACAAGUUCCUGCAAGAGAAGACACACUUGGAGUAGGACUUCCACUGUUCAGGGAUGCAACACAAGUUGUCAACGUGUACCAGAGUCCUUCAACAGUUGAGAAGAUACAAUCCAUGAACUCUUGACUGGCUGAAUACUGCAUUUAAAGACAGUAUUUUUGAUUAGCCCUCAUCAGGGGUUUUCAAAACUUUAAAGACUACUUCAUUUAUACAGAUUUGACCCUGGGAUGAAACUCAAGAGAGUAUGUAUUUUCCUCUUCUGUGGUGCAUUUCGAUGGAAUAAAUGGUCAACUUAAAAAUUCCUUCUCCACAUCAUAAACUUUGGCUGCAUUGUGCCAAAACAACAGCUCUGAUUAAUCAUUUAUGUAUCAGAUUUUUUUUGUUUGUUUGCUUCAAAUCAACACUUAAAUAAAUGGAUUUGUGUUCUA